GGAGGUGAUUUUAGAGUUCCACGUUCACUCGAUUUAAUUCUGUAUUUAGUUUGAAAGCAGCCGUGUGAAGGGUUUGUGUUGAUAAGAAAACUAGGCGGGGUAACAGUUUGUGUCGACGUUUCAUUGCCAUUGAAAUAAUUGAAAUUUUAUAAUCAAAAUGUCCUUAGACGAGAAAUUCCAAAAAGCAGCAGAAGAUGUCAAAAAAUUGAAAAGUAAACCAUCAGAUCAAGAUUUACUCGAAAUCUAUGGAUAUUUCAAACAAGCAAACGAAGGAGACGUUAAUACAUCUCGUCCUGGUAUGUUGGAUUUGAAAGGAAAGGCAAAAUGGGACUCAUGGAAUUCAAGAAAAGGAAUAAGUAAGGACGAAGCUAAAGAAAAAUACAUCGCAAAGGUGCAAUCACUUAUUGACAGCAUAGGCAUGAAUUAAUUUAAUCAUCACAUCUGCUUUUUACUGGGUGGCUUAAUUUUUAUCACUGUUAUUUUUGGUUUAAAUUGUAAGGGGUUGGAACACAUGUUUUUUUUUUAAUAAAGAAACUUGAUACA